AUGUGGGGGUCGUCUGUAGAUGAGCGCAGGCUCACUCGGCAAGACACUGGAAAUGUGCCGACCAACCAAUGGCAUCGAGGAGACCCUCAACCAGAUGCUGGGAGAAACCACGCAGCUCUCCAUCCGACUGAAGAGGUAGAGAGUGAUGAAGAUGGGAAGGAUCGCUCUGCCGCAGGCACAUGGGGAGAGCGAGAUGUCGGAGGCUUCGACCCCGAGGAAGCAAUGCAGGACUAUGAGGCUUUGCGUCGCAACCUCACGCACUUGUCAAAGACUAGAUCUCGCGACACACAAGGAAGCAAAGGAGGCGGUCUUCGAAGGGUCGCGACCAAUGCUAGUGCUAAGAGCCGCAAGCAGUCAAUCGCAGACCGACGAGGAGCAUCUCGAACGACGACGAACGAUCAGCGACCUACAGAGCACGACAAGGACGAGCUGGGUGAUAUUGAGGCAGGUCCGCGAGAUGACGAUGACAACGACGACUUCGAACUCGAUCGAUUUAUGAAAGAAGGCCAUUUCGAGAAGCGCUGUGACGGCCACUCGCACAAGAAAGUCGGUGUCAUCUACAAGGACCUGACUGUCAAGGGCGUUGGUUCGACGACCAGCUUCGUCAGAACCCUUCCAGAUGCCAUCCUAGGCACUUUCGGUCCUGAUCUUUACCACAUCAUCGCCAGAUUUGUUCCCGCGCUUGCACGACGAACGGGUGAGACUCGUACCCUGGUCAACGGCUUCACUGGCUGCGUCCGCGAUGGGGAGAUGAUGCUUGUGCUGGGCCGACCAGGAGCUGGAUGCUCGACUUUCCUCAAGGCGAUUUCGAACAACCGCGAGUCGUAUGCCGAAGUCACUGGGGAUGUUUCCUAUGGUGGAAUACCUGCCGACAAACAGAAGAAGAUGUACCGCGGCGAGGUCAACUACAAUCCAGAAGACGAUAUCCACUUCGCCACUCUCAACGUCUGGCAAACCUUCACCUUCGCUUUGAUGAACAAGACCAAGAAGAAGGCGCAGGAAGACAUCCCAGUCAUCGCCAAUGCACUGAUGAAGAUGUUUGGCAUCACUCAUACCGAGUACACAUUGGUGGGUGACGAAUACACUCGUGGUGUCUCUGGUGGCGAACGCAAGCGUGUCUCCAUUGCGGAAACACUGGCCAGCAAGUCUACUGUCAUCUGCUGGGACAACUCCACGCGUGGUUUGGACGCAUCGACAGCACUCGACUAUGCCAGGUCACUCCGUAUCAUGACUGAUGUCUCCAACAGAACGACUCUUGUGACGCUAUACCAAGCUGGAGAGGGCAUCUACGAGCUCAUGGACAAGGUCGUGGUUAUCGACCAAGGCCGAGAAAUCUACUCUGGCCCAGCCAACGAGGCCAGACAGUAUUUCAUUGACCUUGGCUUUGAAGCUCCUGACCGACAGACUACUGCCGACUUCCUCACGGCGUGUACUGACCCAGUGGAGCGUAAGUUUCGAGCUGGUUACGAGGAUCGUACCCCAAAGACACCAGAAGAGCUGGAGAAGGCCUUCCGCCAGUCGUCCAACUACCAAAGGGUACUCGAAGACAUAAAAGACUACGAAAAGUACCUGGAAGAGUCUAACUAUGAAGAUGCAAAGCGUUUCGAAGGUGCCGUUCAGGAAGGCAAGUCGAAGAGAGUGUCUAAGAAGAGCUCAUACACAGUCUCCUUCCCACGUCAAGUCAUGGCUUGCACGAAGCGCGAGUUCUGGCUACUGCUUGGCGACACUACGACCCUUUGGACGAAGCUCUUCAUUAUCAUUAGCAACGGUCUCAUCGUCGGCUCCCUCUUCUAUGGCCAGCCAGAAAACACUGAGGGUUCUUUCACUCGUGGUGGUGCUCUCUUCUUCUCGAUUCUGUUCCUCGGAUGGCUGCAACUCACAGAGCUUAUGAAGGCUGUGAGUGGGCGAGCAGUCGUUGCGAGGCACAAAGAUUACGCCUUCUACCGACCAAGCGCUGUCACAAUCGCCCGUGUUGUGGCUGAUCUGCCUGUCAUCUUUGUCCAGGUACUGAUCUUUGGUAUCAUCAUGUACUUCAUGACCAACCUCACGAUCACCGCCGGACGAUUCUUCAUCUACAUGCUCUUCGUCUACAUCACCACGAUCCUCCUUACUGCGCUGUACCGCAUGUUUGCUUCAGUCUCGCCCGAGAUCGACACAGCAGUGCGGUUCUCAGGUAUCGCGCUGAACUUGCUGGUCAUCUAUACCGGUUACGUGAUACCUCGACCACAGCUUUUGACAAAGUACAUCUGGUUUGGCUGGAUCUACUGGAUCAAUCCUCUGUCUUACAGCUUCGAAGCGGUACUCUCGAACGAAUUCGCUGGCAGGACAAUGCAGUGUGCCGAGUCUCAGCUCGUGCCGCAGGGUCCUGGUAUCGAUCACGCCUACCAAGGUUGUGCCAUCGCUGGAGCCGACGUCAAUGGUCAGUCAGUGACGGGCUCAGCCUACCUCAACGCUCAAUACAACUAUUCGAGGUCGAACUUAUGGCGCAACUUUGGUGUGGUCAUCGCAUUCAUCUUCCUGUACCUCAUCGUCACGGUCAUCUGCACGGAGCUGUUCUCAUUCGCCAAUACUGGAGGAGGCGCUCUUAUCUUCAAGAAGUCCAAGCGUGCUAAGCAGGCCGUCAAGGAGUCACCUCCAGCUGAUGAAGAGAAGGCAGGUGCUGCAGGGGACAACUCGAGCGGUUCCAAGAAGGAGAGUGGCAUGGACUCGUCAGACGACUCGUCAGACGAUGACAAGGAGAACGAGGCCCUCGAUCAGAUCACCAAGAGCGAGAGUAUCUUCACCUGGCGUGACGUCGAGUACACGGUUCCUUACCUUGGCGGCGAGCGGAAGCUUCUCAACAAGGUCAACGGCUACGCAAAGCCUGGUGUCAUGGUCGCACUCGUUGGCGCUUCUGGUGCUGGGAAGACCACUCUGCUCAACACUCUAGCCCAGCGUCAGACUAUGGGUGUUGUCAGCGGAGAGAUGUUCGUUGACGGUCGACCUCUCGGGCCUGAGUUCCAGCGCAACACCGGCUUCUGCUUGCAGGGUGAUCUCCACGACGGCACAGCCACCAUCCGUGAGGCCCUUGAGUUCUCUGCUGUCCUCCGACAAGACGCCAGUGUUCCACGUUCUGAGAAGAUCGCAUACGUUGACACUAUCAUCGAUCUCCUCGAGUUGAACGACUUGCAAGAUGCCAUCAUCAUGAGUCUCGGUGUCGAGCAGCGAAAGCGUUUGACUAUUGGUGUUGAGCUCGCUGCUAAGCCAUCCCUUCUGCUCUUCUUGGACGAGCCAACGUCGGGUCUGGACUCUCAAAGCGCCUACUCCAUCGUCCGAUUCCUGAAGAAGCUCGCACGUGCCGGUCAAGCGAUCGUGUGCACAAUCCACCAGCCCAGCUCAGUGCUCAUACAACAAUUCGACAUGAUUCUCGCCCUUAACCCCGGUGGUAACACAUUCUACUUCGGCCCUGUGGGCGAGAACGGGAAGAAUGUAGUCCAAUACUUCUCCGAACGUGGCGUCGACUGCCCACCCAACAAGAAUGUCGCCGAAUUCAUCCUCGAAACCGCCGCCCGACCACACAAGCGUGAGGACGGCAAGCGCAUCGACUGGAACGAGGAGUGGCGCAAUUCUCCUCAAGCCCAAAACGUCAUUGAAGAGAUCGAAGGCCUCAAGCUCACGCGCAGCAAGACGCAAACGACCGCCAGACGCAAGGAACAGGAGAAGGAAUACGCCGCUAGUGUCGUUUUGCAGUGUACUGAGUUGCUCAAGCGUACUGCAAAGCAAUACUGGCGCGACCCAUCCUACAUCUACGGCAAGCUCUUCGUCUCGGUCAUCAUUGGAAUCUUCAACGGCUUCACCUUCUGGCAGCUCGGUAACUCCAUCCAGGACAUGCAGAACCGCAUGUUCACGGCUUUCUUGAUCCUCACGAUCCCACCCACCAUCGUCAACGCGGUCGUGCCCAAAUUCUUCACAAACAUGGCCCUCUGGCAAGCGCGAGAGUAUCCCUCCCGUAUCUACGGCUGGUUCGCCUUUACCACAGCCCAAGUCAUCGCCGAAAUCCCACCCGCCAUCAUCGGUGCUCUGGUUUACUGGGUGCUCUGGUACUGGGCAACAGGUCUCCCCACCGAGAGUGCAGUCUCCGGCUACGUCUUCCUGAUGACGAUGCUGUUCUUCCUCUUCCAAGCCAGCUGGGGCCAAUGGAUCUGUGCUUUCGCGCCGUCCUUCACGGUCAUCUCGAAUGUGCUGCCGUUCUUCUUCGUCAUGUUCUCGCUGUUCAACGGAGUCGUGCGACCUUACUCGAUGCUGCCGGUCUUCUGGCGGUACUGGAUGUAUUGGGUUAACCCAUCGACCUGGUGGAUUGGUGGUGUCUUGGCUGCGACUCUCGAUGGGGUCCCGAUCAAGUGUACCGAGACGGAGACGGCUCAUUUCGAUGCGCCGCCUGGUCAGACUUGCGCUUCGUAUGCCAGUGCUUUUGCACAGUCUGCUGGCGGGUAUUUGCUGAACCCACAGGCGAGCACGGACUGCCAGUACUGCCAGUACACCAACGCCAACCAGUAUCUUGAUACGCUGAACAUCAGCGCGGGUGACAAGUGGAGAGACUUCGGCAUCUUCCUCGUCUUCGUCUUCACGAAUUGGUUCUUGGUGUACUUCUUCAUCUGGAGCGUUCGUGUCAAGGGCUGGAGCUUUGGCUUUGGUCCACUUUUCGGCUUCUUUUCGAAGGUCAUUGACCGUGUUAAGGCUCCUUUCAAGAAGUCUGGCAAGAAGCAGGAGAGUGAUGAGUAG